UAUAUAAGCUGGCGGAGCCCUACACAGGCACUUAGGUCUCCAGAGAGGUUGUCCCCCCUGACUGUACAAUGAAGGUCUUGGUUGUUCUCUGCGCUGUCGCGGCGGUGUGCGCUGCUAAGCCUUACCUGGCUUACGCGCCGGCACCUGCCACCUCCUACAGCUACAGCACCUCCGUCGUGAGCGUCAACAAACCCGCCGUCGCCGCCUACUACGCUCCUGCCGCCCCAGUCGUCCACGCCGCCCCCGCCCCCCUAGCCUUUGCCGCUCCCGCUGCUCCAGUGGCUUACGCAGCUCCCGCCCCCGUGGCUUACGCUGCUCCUGCCCCCGCUGUUGUUGCUGCACCCGCUCCCGCCCCUGUGGCUUACGCUGCGCCAGCUCCAGCUGUGGUCGCUGCCCCCGCUCCCGCUCCCGCCCCCGUAGCCUACGCCGCUCCCGCUGUUGUUGCUGCCCCCGCUGUCAAGACCCAGUACCACGCUCAGAACGAGCAUGGAGAGGCUUCCUACGGACACUCCGAGCCCGGCCAGACCCACAACGCUGUCCAGGACGCUCACGGCAACAAGAUCGGCAGCUUCAGCUACGUCAACCCCGAGGGCCAGGUGCUGAGGACCGACUACGUCGCUGACGGAGCUGGCUACAGAGUCGCCUCCAACGCUCUGCCCGCCGCCCCCAUCGUCGCUCCCAUCGACACCGUUGAGGUGGCCGCCGCCAAGGCUAACUUCUUCCACCAGUACGCCGCCAAGGCCGCCCCUCUGCACCGCCGUCGUCGUAGCGCCGUCCUGGUCCAGACCCCCGCCUCCACCGCCCCUCUGCCCGCCCCCGUCACCUAUGCCGCCCCCGUAGCUCCUGCUGUCGCUUACGCCGCCCCCUUGGCUCCCGUUUCUUAUGCCGCUCCUUUCCCCUACGCCGCCGCCCCAGCUGUAGCUCCCGUUUCCUACGCCGCUCCCUUCCCCUACGCUGCCGCCCCCGUCGCCUACGCCGCCGCUCCCGCUGUCCGCCCCGCCGUCCUGACCACCGUAGUCAACAACCCCGGUCACGCCGUGUCCUACAGGGUCGACUAGACGUCUCUCCAUGACGUCACUGUCACGCCGCUACGAGUCAGAGCUGUCGAGACCUCUGCUGGACUUUAGCGGCCCCUGCAGUACCACGUGCACCCCCCCCCCCAGACUGACAUGUACAUAGCUACACAACCACCUGAGUGUAUUUAAGUUCAACCCCCUGAAGUCAAUAAACUAGUUACAAUACAAUA